AUGUCUGACAGAGAACACGCAGCGCCAGUCAUGGCAAAUGAUGUUACUGCCGACCCUGAGCCUGCUUUCAAGGUCGAGACCAAGACUGAGGCUAGGGAGACGAAUACCGACGAUGAUAGCCAAACUUCUGAGGUUGAGUAUCCUAAGGGAUUCCAGCUUACUUUCAUUGCUAUUGCGUUAGCUCUAGCCCUUUUCUUGAUCGCUCUUGACAUGACAAUUAUCGCUACGGCUAUUCCCAAAAUCACGGACGAAUUCCAGGGUCUCGACAAAGUCGGAUGGUACUCUUCUGCCUUCUUCGUCACCAUCGGAUCUUUCCAAUCCUGCUGGGGCAAGGUCUACAAAUACUUUCCACUCAAGAUAUCGUUCCUUUUGGCUAUCUUUAUUUUUGAGAUUGGUUCCGCUAUCUGCGGCGCUGCUCCCAACUCGAAUGCCCUUAUCGUUGGACGCGCUAUUGCCGGCGUAGGUGGUGCCGGUGUGAGUGCCGGUAGCUAUACCAUCAUCGCCUACUCGGCUACGCCUGAAAGACGGCCCAUGCUACUCGGUUUAUUGGGCAUUUCGUAUGGUUUCGCCAAUGUUAUCGGUCCUCUAGUCGGUGGUAUCUUCUCUGACAAGGUUUCCUGGAGAUGGUGCUUCUAUAUCAACCUACCUGUUGGCGCCAUCUCCAUCGCCAUCAUCACCUUCUUCUUCAGUGACCCACCUCAGGCGAAACCAGCCCGCGUCCCCUUGAAAGAGAAGAUUUUGCAGAUGGAUCUCGUCGGUGUUGGUCUUCUCAUCGCUGCGACUAUUUGUUUUGUCCUCGGCGUUGAGUACGGCCAAGGAAAAUACAGCUGGGGAAGCUCCAAAGUCAUUGGCCUCCUCGUUGGUUUCGUUCUCAUCCUCCUCGUUUGGGCGGUGAAUGAGUGGUGGAUGGGCGAGCGUGCCAUGAUCGUGCCACGUAUCAUCAGAGACAGAACGAACUUGGUCAUGUCUGGUGUCGCUAUCGCUAUCGGUGGUUCCUUCUUCCCAGUCGUUUACUACGUGCCCAUCUACUUCCAGAGCAUCAAACACGCUACUCCUAUCAUGUCUGGUGUUCAAAACUUGCCCAUGGUUAUCGCUGUAACAUUCGGCAUCUUCCUCGCUGGCGGUCUCAUCUCAAAGACUGGUCGGUACCAACACAUUUUGCUCUUUGCCCUUGGUCUCUCCACCGUUGGCGCGGGCCUCAUCUACACCUUCGACCUGCACACCUCCACCGGCAAGUGGAUCGGCUACCAAAUUCUUGCUGGUGUCGGUUGGGGACUUGCAUAUCAGAUUCCUUUGACUGUUGGUCAGGGUUCUUGCGAUCCCAUGGACAUGGCGCUCAUCACGUCAAACAUUUUAUUCUUCCAAUCUUAUGGCGCUUCACUUUUCAUGUCGGCCGCCCAGGCCGCCUUUGUAGACCAAAUGACGGCAAAGGUCAUGGAACUCAGUGACAGCAUCAGCAAGGACCUGCUGGUUCUGACAGGUGCUACGGAUAUUUACAAUGUCUUCAAGGGCGAUGAGCUCGCCGAUGUGCUGGCUGGCUACAUGCACGGCCUCAAGGUCGUUUAUGCCAUGGCCAUCGGAACGAUAGGCAUCGGUUUUGUGAUUGCUCUGGCAAUGCCAUGGAGGAAGCUCAAGCAGGGACAAGCCACAGGUGGCGCUUAG